ACUCACCCGGAACACGGACGACAUCGAGAUCAUCGACGGCGGCGGUGACGGCGGUGGCCCGGGUACAGCGAACAUUGAAACCGGUAAUGGUCGGCCUCGGAGCGGCGGCAGCGGUGUUCAUCGUCAAUCGUCCCAGAACGAAUCGUCGUCGCUGUCGUCGGCUAAACCAAUUAGUCCGUUCCCUCAGCCGCCAGCAGCAGGACCGAUUGCGACUGCGGCUACGACGACGACGCAAUCAGGUGCCGCGAUCGCGAAGGAAUCAUUCGGUGUCGAGCAGUCGAGCGUCACGCAGUCGCGGCCAGCAGUGGAUCAGCAGCGGUUGUCUAGCUUGCUGAGCGGUGACUACAUAGCGGAGAUUAAUAAGUUUUCGAUCGAAAAGCUCGGCUCGGGCAAGGAGGAUCUGCCAGCGCCGCUGCCGCCGCCGGUACCGUCGCCGCGCGGUUCGCUGUCGAUACGGGAAAAGUUUUUCCACCCAUUAGCGCCUCCUUCGGCCACCGCUGCGGCGUCGUCGUCGUCGGUGUCAACGUCGGUCGUCGUCGGCGGCGACGAGAGUACGGAGGAUUUUAUGAGGAAGUCGAAGGGAGCCGCCGCAGCAGCAGGCCGCUCGAAGGGUGCCGCUGGCAAAGGCAGCCAGGCCAGCAAGGAGCAGUCGGCGGAGCAGAGUAGUGCAGGCGGAGAAGCAGCAGGCAGUAGCAGUGGUGGUGCUGAAGGCCCACCAGUGACGACGACGGUGCGCACGCAGGAAGCGGCCAAACCGUACCAGCUCGGCAACAGUCUGAAGAACCCGAACAAUUCCGGAUUUAAGUCGAUCGAAGGAGGACCUUCCGCCGCCGCCGGUACGCAGCAGCAGCAGCCGGGAGGCAGUGCCGAUUCCAGUCGACAGGACGACAGCCCGGACGGCCCGGGACCGAAGAUCGUGUUCGAUAUCGGAACGCAGGUACGCCCCGAUAGAACCUCCACCAUCCUCGCCGGUCAGUCGGUGAGCGUCGGUCAGACGCUCACGGCGCCCCUAGUCGGCGGCGAGGGGGGCGGCAGUGGUGCCCUUUCGGGGACGUUCUCCUCGUUCGGGGGCUCGUACGACGGCGCGGAGCCGGCCAGCGACAGCCAGGCCGCCGACGGGUCGCGGCGACGCAUAGCGUACGUUGAGCAGCCGACCUUCUACACGCCCGAGGAGGAGGAGCUGCUCACCGGCAAAGCGUCGUCCCUGCUGUCGAGUGCGCUCGAGUCCACCAGCCCCGAGUACUCGCUGGAGUCGGCCGACUAUCUCGACAGCAAAAUGCCCCCGCACGGUGAUUUACUGCUCGAGAAGGGGGCCACCGACCGGGAAGUGGCAAACAUGGCAGGAACGGCACCGGCCGAGAAGCGGGAGCAUCUCUACAAAAUCCUCGUCAUCGGCGAGCUCGGCACCGGCAAAACGUCGUUCAUCAAGCGGUACGUGCACCAGUUCUUUAGCCAAAACUAUCGCGCCACGAUCGGCGUGGACUUUGCCCUGAAGGUACUCAACUGGGACCAGAGCACCAUCAUCCGGCUGCAGCUGUGGGAUAUUGCCGGCCAAGAGCGCUUCGGUAACAUGACACGAGUGUACUACAAGGAAGCGGUCGGUGCGUUCAUCGUGUUUGACGUGACGCGCAGUGCCACCUUCGAUGCGGUGAUCAAGUGGAAGCAGGACCUCGACUCGAAAGUGCAGCUCCCGGACGGCAAACCGAUCCCGUGCAUACUCUUAGCGAACAAGAGCGACCAGCAGAAGCAGGGAAUCGUCACGACGCCGGCCAAGCUGGAUGAGUACGUCAAGGAGCACGGGUUCGCCGGCUGGUUCGAGACGUCGGCCAAGGAGAACGUUAACAUCGAGGAAGCGGCCAAAUCGUUAGUCAAUAAGAUUUUAAUGAAUGACAAACUGCUAAACACCGGUGAGGUCGCCGAUUCGGAACGGUUUGCGCUGGCCGGUAGCAGUAAGACCGGUGACGUUGACCAGAAAAAGUCCUGUCCCUGCUGACCGUCGUUCGCCCGUCCCUCGGAUUCCGGAUCGAGAUGCGUGAUGGUGUGCGUGUUUGUGUGUGUGUGUGUGUACCGUACGUGUAUCUGUCUGUCCUGUCUGUCUAUCUGUCUGUUUGUGUCUGUGUGUCUUGUCCGUGUUUAGGUGUGUCCGCGACCCACCCUGUUACGCCAUCUACGGUCAGCUAUGGGUUUUGUUUGUUUUCCGGGGUUUCCCUUUAGUUGUUUUAUUACUGUUACAAAGAAAAUUUUGUUUUACUACUACACGAAAAAAACACUACUACCUACUACUAUCUACUACUAUUACUACUACUAAAACCAACUAAUAUAAUAUUAUGAAAGCUAUGCCCUUAUUGUUACACCUCUUAAACAUCUGCACCCUGCAUCGGGGGUCUGAUGGACCCCCGGCCCGUUUUUAUGAGACAAACUAUUACCCUAUCACUGAUUAUAUUACUCCACUUUGUACGUUGUUCGGUUCACCGUUUCGAUUACACACUUACGUACCACGAAGGGUUUUGUUUUACGUCCGGGAGACAAACACCGGACGGCCAUGUCGGCUCCGUCCGCGCUAGUUAAGGGUUCGUGGGAUCACAGUAUGGAAAAGCGUCUCCUUAUGUGCCACGGCCGACGAGGACCAAGGCAAAACGUGACGUCCAAAUGGAAGAAGGAAAACAGGCCGUCCGCUGAAGGAGCAACCUAGUAAACGAGAUCUUAUGUGUAACAAAUUCACCCGCCCAAAACCGCCUCGCCGUUGAGUCCGGUCCGGAAGACGGAACCAAAUGCAGCAACGGUUCUCGAAAGCGAUCGCGCGCACGACGACGACGGAUGCACGGAUGCGUCUUCCGGGGUCUUGUUGGUCCGCUUGUUGCGCGCAUUACGCACUGCACUCCAUUUCUAGGGUCAUUACGAAGAACAAAACCAAAAGUACAGGUUCUCGAAAGGUGGAUGGAAACAAAUAAAACCAAAA